AUGGGUGAAGUUGAGGAUAAAGAAAGGGAGUCCGAAGUAGGAUUACCUCCAGACAUCGUCCAAGCUACUCUACCGUUUCUAACCACUGAUGAUAUCAAGAAUCUAUCGCAAACGAACAAGUAUUACAAUACAUUACUAGAUUUUGACCACUCUAAGACUUUGUGGCAUGAAUUAUUUCACAAAGCAUUUGGCACAUUAAGAACAAACGAUGAACCUUUCCAGUGCCGAAACUCGACCGAAUUCAAGACCUGCACAGAAACAAUUUUAAGAGAAGCAUACCCCGAUCUAUCGUGGCAAGAUUUAUACCAGCUACGAGCAUACAAUACGAAGUUUUACAGUUGGGGCUAUAUGAAGCAUGGAAGAUUAGGGUAUACUGUCAGUUCUAAUAAUGAACUGACAGGUGCAUCACUGAAUGGGCCAAGUCCGCGGUUUAAAUAUGGUGUCAAUACCCCAACAGAAGUUCCUUGGUUUAAUAGUAGAACAAGGUCCAGAAGCGGUAAUUUCAUUCCUUCAGAGGACCCGUUAAGUGCUAUCAAGAAAGAUGGAGAUGAAAUUAUAGCUCAAGUCUGCAGCGGUGGUUUUUCUUUUCAAAUCUUGACUGAAUCCGGUAACUUGUAUAGUACCGGGUCUACUUUCUCUGGCGGCUUCAAAGGUCCUGGCCCUACUGGUUCGCAACAUGAUUAUAAUCCCUUUAGAGAGAUGAUUCAUAAUAUGGAGAGAUCGUAUCCUCGAAUCACGAGUCGCAGUAACGGAAGUACUCUGAAUACCACAGGUACAUUUGCUGGAAGGAGAAUGAGUGGCAGUCAUCCAUCCACUGUUUACGAAGCAGGAAACACACGGUCAAGUUCAGUUCAGAACGUUACAACGGGCGGAGGACAAGCAGCGGCUCCCAUUAUCUCUCCUGGAGGAAUGAACGCUGCUGUACCUAGGACUACUAUGCCUUCAACGGGACCGCAUGACAAUAUAUAUAGUGAAUUAGAAAUGCUAGAACGAAAUGCAAACAAAGCAGUUCCUGGCAAUAAUCAUAUUAGGAGAAUGUUUGCAAGAAAUUCUUUUCCCCUGUAUAGCGGUACACAUGAUAAUUUGGAGACGUUCAAUGAUAUUCAGUAUGUCGCCAUAAGUUCUGGAAGAAGCCAUUUCCUGGCCAUGGACACACAUGGCAAUAUUUAUUCAUGGGAUUCCACAGAAUCUGACCAAGGUGUUAAAAUCGAGUUUGCCGACUUACCUAGCCGUGCUACAAAUCCAAUUUUGAAAAUUGCUAGUGGCUGGAACUUUAAUUGUUGCUAUAUAUACAAGAUUGGGUUGGUUUCAUGGAGGGAAAGAGAAGCUAUUAAAAGGGGCGAGAGCUUUGCUUAUGCAAAGUAUGAAGUUAUCCCAUGUACAGAUGAUAUCAGCGGAGACUCCAGGGUCAUCGAUUUUGCAUGUUUACAAGAUGGUUGUGUUUUCUACAUUAAUAAUGAUGGAGAUAAGCUAUGGAAAUAUCACAACGGUUUGAACAACUUCUUAGAUUUAGACGUCGUUGGGAAGCUAUGUAAAAUCAACGUUUGUUUUGCUUCACUAGUACUGUUCACUGAUACUCACUGUUAUACUUUAAAGAUUGCAAAUGGUGACGUCGAUAAGGAAAGUUUAACGGAACUGGACAUCGAUGAGAAGGUCAUAUCUGUUGCGAGUGGUGACUACCAUACGGUAGCACUAACUGAGUCUGGUCAUUUGUAUUCUUGGGGCGUGGAAAGUCAAGAUUGUGGGUGUCUAGGACUAGGGCCCUCUGAAAAAGUGGUUAAUGAGUUACACAUCGGCAAUUGGGAAGGGCAGCGGAACAUUAGGGUGAUCAAGCCCAGAAAAAUUGAAUUGCCUGAAGAUUAUAUUUGCGUCAGCGUGACAGCCGGUGGCUGGCAAACCGGUGCAUUAAUCAUUAAGAAACAUUGA